CUUAUUCGCCAAAUCAAAUGCAAAAGGAUAGUAUAUUAUCUGAAGAAAGUGAUGAAGAUGAUUCAGAAAAUGUAUAUUAUAACAUUGAGAAUAAUUUUUCUAAGAUGGAGAGAGAUUUUGAAGAUUUAUGGAAAAAAUGUAGCAUCAUUGAUACAAAUCUUGAGAAUAACACCAAUAUACCUAAAAUUGAAUUGGAUAGAGCUAAAAAAUUAUACUUGAAAGGUAUGCUUUAUGAAAAAGACAAUAAUAUAAAUGAUGCCUUAGACUAUUAUCGUAAAUCCAUACAUAUAGUUCCAGACAUUGAUAUACAGGUUUCUAAAGCCUUAUCUUGUUUAAAUUAUGCUAAACAUGAAAAUAUUUAUAGCAAUAUUAAAGAAAAACAAAUAGAUGAUAAAAUUAUUAAUCAACUAGUGAAUACAUUAGAUCAAACAAAGAUUGUAUCAGAUAUUUUAAAUUUAAAUAUUAGAGAAGAAGUAAAAAAGGCAACUAUUCACAAUAAGAACAAAUGCCUAAUAUUAAACAAAUUGCCAAAAGAGAUCCUUAUAUAUAUUUUUAAAUUAGUUUUAUCAUAUGAAUUAAAUGUUAAAUAUGUUGAAAAUUUAGCAAAGGUUUGUAAAAACUUUUAUUUAUGUGCUAGAGAUGAACAAUUAUGGUUUAAAGCUUGUAGUCAAUUAUGGAGUGUAAACACAAUUACUUUCUCAGAAAUACCUUCAAACUGUCACCCCUCAUUGAUAUCUUCAAACAAAUACAAAUCAUGGAAAGAUAUGAUUGUAAAUAGACCCCACCCUAGAUUUGAUGGUUGGUACAUCAGCAAAACCAGUUAUUGGCGAUAUGGCCAAAGCGAUUUUUCGCCUGAUUCAUCCUGCCUCCCAUGUUAUUCCGUUAAUUAUUACCGUUAUUUCAAAUUCUUCUCUCCAUCUCGUUCUCUCAAAACAUCUACAGUAUGGGCUCUUCAUAGCUUAGAAGCCCCGAACCUUAUGUUGCCUAAAUUGAUGAAUUGCAACCUCGACAUUAUAGGCAACUGUCACGCCACCUCAGGUAAUCCUCUCAUGCCUGGAUUAAUGGCAGGGAGUUAUCAUAUUCACGCCGAUCUUAACGAAACAACGGGUAAUCAGCUUGAUAUACCAUUAGAAUCGAUCGAUAUUGUUGUGAUCGUUUCGAAGAAAAGUGCGGUUUUAGAAAAUUCGAUACGAUCAUUGAGAAUUCGUAACGCUGGUGCACUUAGGACCGGGGCAAGCAAGGCCAAUAAAACUUUUAACGUUUCUACCUAUUAUAUGAAAUUCGGUAUUCAGAAAAAUGCUAAAGGUCAACCCAACAGAAAACUACAGUGGAAACAAUAUUCGCUACUUACCAAAUACGGUAAUGGCAACAAAUCAAAAACGGUAUUCGAUAUUUCUCAAGAUAAAUACCCUCCACUAUUCUUUGUAUCUAAUUAUCAUUUCGCGAAUUUACAUAUGUCUAAAUGAUAAUAGCUUUUUAGAAAGAAAAUCAUAAUUCAACUCGUAACCAGGGGUGGAAAAUAUUAUUCUAGAAACCUUGGAGCUAAAUCAUUUUUUUUACAAAAUGACUUUCUGGCCAACAAAAUUGUAUUUUUAUUAUUUAUUAUAGAUAUAUUUAUAAAUCACGUAUUUUGUGAUUCCAAAAAAAGUAAGAUAAAAUAUGUUCCAAUAGAUUUAUACAUAGUAUUUUAUUAUUAAAUAUUUAAUAUAAUUUUUUUAUAUAUAUUUAGUCUGUGUCUUGGGUCGUCUUAAUUUGGAAUCUUAAUUGCUUUUUAGUAUAGACUAAUUUUUGAAUCAGGACACUAUAUAUUCGUUUGUUUUAAUUUUAAGUAUUUGGUUCCAUGGGCAUAAGAAAGAAAUUGAUAAACUUCUAAGUUUAGUCUUUACUUGAAGAUUGAGACUGGAUUUUAGGAAUAAAGAAAACUUGCUCUCAAGCUUGGCAAAAUUAGUGAUUUCACCAUAUUUUUGGAGAAAAAAAAAAUCAUGUUUGAAUAAGAAUUCUAUAUGAUUCAAAAAAGGAUAUAUAAUCUCAGCAU